AUGCUUCGCUUUCAGUUCUUUUUGCUCCUUCUUUUGCCAUGGAUGGCUUCGGCUGGUCCGAUUUUUCGCUGGCUGUAUCCGUCAUUGGAGUCAACUGGGCCGACUUCUCUCCCCUUAUUGCCUGAUAUCGAACGGCGUGAACCUGGCGGUAUCACUGCAAUCACUCCUGUGGCGGCACCUACACAGCUACCGUUUACGCCCGUGGAGCCAAUAUCAGACGCCAACUACAAUGCCGAAGAUGGCUACAGCUCCAGAGCCAAUUACAACCCCAAAGCCAACUACAACUCAAGAGCCAACUACAACUCAAGAGCCAGCUACAACUCAAGAGCCAACUACAACGCCAAAGCCAACUACAACGCAAGAGCCUACUACAACUCAAGAGCCAACUACAACUCCAAAGCCAACUACAACUCCAAAGCCAACUACAACUCCAAAGCCAACUACAACUCCAAAGCCAACUACAACUCCAAAGCCAACUACAACUCAGGAGCAAGCUACAACUAA